AUGGCGACGGUCGUCGCGCCGUGCGCGCGCUGGCCGUCGUUCCUCGACCGCGGCGGCGCGGGCGGGAGGGAACGCGACGAAGACGGCGGCGGCGACGGCGACGGCGCGACGCGCCGCGCGACGCUCGAGCGGCUUCGCGCGGCGAGGGCGAUCUUGCGUCGCGCGCGAGACGCGCGCGCGGACGAGCUCCGCGCGCUCCGCGAGGAAGAGGCGGGAGACGACGCCGCCGCCGCCGUCGCGGCGGCGGCGGCGGCGGCGACGACGAGCGCGCGGCGUCGAAGCGGCCGACGCGCGUCGUCGCGCGCGACGACGUCCUCGGGGGCGCGGAUCGAGCGACGAGAUCUUCGCGUCGACGUCGCCCCGGCGUCCUCGGAGCGCGAGACGCCGCCGCCGCCGCCGCCGCCGAGCGAGGGGAGACGCGACGACGACGACGACGACGACGACGACGACGCCGAUGCCGACGCCGACGCGCUCGCGACGGACGCCGACGCGCUCGCGACGGACGCCGCCGCCGCGGCCGCGCCGGAGACGCUCGCGAGCGACGCCGACGCCGACGCCGACGUCGCGGGGCCCCCUCUCGUCGCCGCGUCGGCGUCCGUCGAGCCGCCCGAGUCGUACGCGCCGCUCGCGUCGUCGCAGAUGCCCGGCGCGUACUCGCUGAGCGACGCCGCGGAGCUUGCGGCCGCGGUCGCGAUCGCGGCGGAGGAGGACGAUGUCUCCGGCGGCGGCGGCGGCGGCUCCGCGGAGGAGGCGACGACGACGACGACGACGACGACGACGACGCGCGUGAAGGAGACGCCCGCGCGCGCGCGGUUCCCGUCGCCGCCGCGGUUCGAAUCCGGAUCCGGCGACGCGCCGCCGCCGCCGCCGCCGUCCGGCGCCGCGUGGGGUCUCGACGCGAGCGGCACCGUGGGGUGGGGGAACAUCGAGAGCGAGCCGCCGACCGGAGGCGACUGGAGGCGGCGGAGCGGCGAGCGGGGGACGGUGCGCGGGUGGGGCGCGACGCCGGCGAAGCCUCCCGCGACUUCGCCACGUCGGCGCCACGUCGGCGACACGUCAGACGAAUACGCGAUGCGCGCGGUGCUGCGCGCGCGUCACGACGGCGCGACCGCGCUCGCCGCGGUCGUCACCGCGUCGUCGCGUCCGCGUCGGACGACGGCGGCGGCGGCGGCGGCGGCGGCGUUCGCGACGCGGCGCGGCGACGACGACGACGCGACGGACGUGACGACGUGGCGCGUCUCCGUCGGCGGCGGCGGCGACGACGACGACGCGACGACGACGACGACGACGUUCGUCGGCAGCGCGAGGCUUCCGCGCCACGUCGGCGCGUGUCUGAUGACGUGGCGCCGACGUGGCGCCGACGCGGCGACGACGCGCGGGUGGACGAUUUCGCCGCUCGCGCCGCUCGCGACGUCGCCGAGCGGCGCGUGGGUCGCCGCGCCGGGCGAGAACGCCGGCGUGAUCUUCGUGCGCGUCGCGGGGGGGAGCGAUCGCGCGCCCCCGCGCGGCGGCGGCGGUUUGUCGUGCGAUUUCCGCGUCACCGCGCUGGCGCUGUCGCCGCCGCUCGCGUCUUCCUCGAACGGCGGCGGGCGCGGGAGGAAGAGGCGCCGCGGCGACGUCGCCGCCGCCGACGACGACGACGACGGUCGCGCCGCGGACGCCCCCGCGCUUCGCGUGCUCGUCGCCGCGGGCGAGGGCGGGCGCGCGCACGCGUGGCUUCUCCCCGACGACGGAUGGGGCGACGACGGCGGCGGCGGCGGCUCGCGUAACGGGGUGACGCUCGCGACGCCGUCGCUGCGGCGCGAGCGCCCCAAGUGCGUCGCGCCGGACGCGCUGUGCUUCGCGCGCGGCGGCAGGGAGCUCGUCGGCGUGUUCGACGGCACGUUGUGGGCGCGCUGGCGGCUGUUGGACGACGCGGGCGGCGCGACGACGACGACGACGACGACGACGACGACGACGUUGACGCCGCGGCUGCUGAGCGUGGACUACCACCUCACGCACAGGCUGCGCGCGCUGCACGUCGUCGAGACCGUGAGUAACGACGACGAUGAUGAUGAAAGUAACGGCUACGAUGCGUGCGUUGCCACCGCGAUGACGUUGGCGAGCCGGCGCGACGACGACGACGACGGCGGCGCCGCGUCCUCCGUCCCGCGCGCGUCGUUCGCGUGCGAUCUCCGCGACGGCCGCGGGUGGGUCGUCGGCGGCGACGUGGCGAACGACGAGUGGCGGGUAUCUGACGUGGAUGAUGACGUGGAAGAAUGUCCACCGUACGUCGCGCUCGCGGGCGCAGGGACGUGCGUCGUCGCCGCGGACGUCAGCGGGAGCGUGCACGCGUGGGACGCGUUCACCGGGAAGCGACUCGGGCGCGGUCGAAUCGAAAAAGAAUUAAAAAUCGUCGGCGGCGGCGAGAGGGGGGAGGAGGAGGGGGAGAGCGCGCGCGGCCGCGGCGGCGUCGGCGCCCUCGCCGCGUGCGCGUUCGGCGACGGCGCGCUCGUCGCGGGCGCGAUGAACGGCGCGUGCGCGGUGUUCCGCGUCCGUCGCGGGAGCGGCGCGGCGCCGGCGCCGGCAAAUCCGAAGUUCGACGCGUUCGAGCCCUCUCCGAGCUGA